AUGGAAAUCUUUUAUUUAUUUAUUUUCACUUCCUGUUUCGCACUGUCUAUAAACCCUGUGCAACCCACAGGGCAUCCUAAAGCAGGAGCAGCAUCAAGGGGAGACCUCAACACACUCAGAAAUGAAGAUGGCACUCCAGUCCCACAUGCUGCUGACUGCUACUGUGCUCUGUGGCUUGGCUCUUGCUGUUGCUUUGCCAGGCGACAUCCCAAGAUGGUGCCGUUGCAGUCGCACCACCAAUGCCUACAUCCGCCCCAAGCACUUUCAAAGACUGGAGGUGAUUUCCCCGGGAGCUUACUGUCGCCAGACUGAGAUUAUUGUUACACUGAAGAAUGACAAGACAGUUUGUGUGGCGCCUGAGGCCAAGUGGAUCAACAGAGUCAUUCAGAAGCUGAUGCAAAGUAAGGAAAAUGUCAACAGUCUUCAAAUCUCCCCAACUGCCUCAGGAGACAUUGUGACAAGAGCUUGAAGAUUUGGAAGCACCGCUGGUCUUCAUCUAGAAAAGGACAAAUAAGUCAACAGGAAACAUUUCCAAACUUGCUUUAUGCACAUUUAUUGGAAUCAACACAAAUAUUUGUUCUCCAAAAUGUACACUUGUUACCCUUGCUGACAAGAAUUUACGUUUGUACAUUUGUGUCUUCAGAGCCUUUUUGGAAAUGGUACUCUUCUACUCGCUUUUCCUUGCCUUUUUCCAUGUUUAUACAAAUUCACAUACACUGUAAAGAACUGCUCUGAAACUAAACAAAUAAAACAUGCUUAAGAUGAGAUAUCUUUCUGUCUUUGUUU